AUGCGCACGGCACUCAAAGUCCUGCCAAGGGCAGUGCCUCGCACCAAGAUUCCCUCUUGCACACGGUGCUGCUCCACCUCGACGACGGCGACAACAGCCACUGAGACGUCUGCAGCAACUGACCAGUUGCCCAAGGACGCUCGCCUCCGUUUUGCCCCGUCUCCCACCGGUUCCCUCCACCUCGGUGGUCUGCGGACAGCGCUCUUCAACCACAUCCUUGCGCGCAAGUGGGGCGGUAAGUGGCUUCUCCGCGUCGAGGAUACGGAUCAAAGUCGACUUGUCCCGGGCUCUGUGGAUUCGCUGAGGAGUGCCCUGGAAUGGGCCGGCCUUGACUAUGACGAAGGCGUCGGAAGGACUGGAGGCAGCCACGGACCGUACACCCAGUCGGAACGCCUCGACAUCUAUCGCCAUUACGCCCAGGAGCUCCUCGACAAAGGAGAAGCGUACGAGUGCUUCUGUUCUGUUGACGACUUGGUGGCCAUCAAGACAGCGCUGGUGAAGAGCGGCAACCACAACCAAGGUUACGACGGCCGCUGUCGUCAUCUUUCUCGCGACGACGUGCAGCAGCGCAAGCGUGCUGGCCACAAGUACACUGUGCGACUGAAGUCCAGAGCCCAGAAGGAGGAGCUGCCUGCAGACCUCAUUUAUGGCAAGGCCGGGUCCAACUCGAACAGCUCCGGCGCCGACGACUUUAUCCUAAUGAAGGCUGAUGGGUGGCCGACCUACCACCUUGCCAGCGUUGUCGACGACCAUCUCAUGGAGAUUAGUCACGUUCUGCGCGGUGAGGAGUGGCUGCCAUCCGUCUCGAGGCAUCACCAGCUGUACAAGGCAUUUGGCUGGGAGCCGCCAAAGUUUGCCCAUUUGCCCCUCCUCAUCAAUGCCGAUGGGUCAAAGCUGAGCAAGCGUACUGGGGAUGUCAACGUUGAGCAGUACAUUGAGAAGGGCUAUGAGCCAGAGGCGCUUGUCAACUUCUUGGCCCUUAUGGGUUGGGACCACAACACGGCCCUGGAGGCAACACUGGAGGCCAAGGGCGAGGGCCUGCCUUAUCACACCAGGAGAGACGGUCACUCGCUCUACGAGAUCUUCACCAUGAGCCAGCUUAUCAAAGCGUUUGACAUUAGCUUGAUCAACCACCGCAGCUCCGCUGUUGACCUUAGCAAGCUCGUCUUUAUCAACAAGAUGACUCUGCGCCGCAAGGCCGGCCGUCUUGGAGAUGACGGCAAGUUUGUGAACAUCGGUCGUGAGGCCGAUACUGCAGGCGAUGGAGGUUACGACGCAGUGUUGAAGCGGUACCAGGACGAGCUCCGUGCCCGGGAAGAGUUGGCUGGAAGUACACUCGUUGAGAAUGCCGCCUACGUCCGCAAAGUCUUCGAGGUCGAGCUGCCACGUGGGGAAUUGGUCAAGAGCAUGGCCGCCAACUCAUCGACCUUCUUCCUGGAGCCCAACUACAAGGGUGCCGAGGCUGAGAAGUUCCUGGAUGAACUGCGCACGAAAAUCUACGUCGACGUUCUCCAGCUGGUGAUUUCCCAAAUCGCGGCGCUCAAUGAGACCCAAAAGUUCGAUUCCGACGCGGUCUGGGAUAUCGUCCACGCUACAUUGGCCGAGUUGAAAAUCCGCAAGAAGAAGGAUGCCUUGCUGCCCAUGCGCCAUGCACUGAGUGGCACCCACGCUGGUCCCGGUGUACCCCAGAUGGCGGAGGUGCUAGGCAAGGCUCGCACCCUCGCCCGUCUGCGUGCUGGCUUGGCCUAUGUAGUGGCCAGGGCCCGUUCCACUGGAGUAGUUUGA